AUGCAGUCUGAUGAUGGGGCCGCACAGUCUAUCAUCCAUGAUUCGACGGUUUCGGCUGUUGGCCAUGAUCACGUUGGGGCUUGGCUAUGUUCCGGUGCUCCAUUUGCCCCACGCUACCCAUCGCACAGCGCCCACUCCCAAUGUCUCUGUGGUGCCCAUUACAGAACUAAGAAACACGACCUUUUCGCGAGUGUGUGUCAGCUGCCUGUCGCCCACUCCUCAAGCUCGCUCCUUGGUGUCUGGAGGUUGUCAGAUGUUUUCGAGGGGACCGAGUCAAAGGUUGACUGGAGGAAUAUCCGGAGAAACUUAGCAAGGUACGUCGAGAUUGAGUUGGGCCCUGAUCUUUACCGUAGUAGAAGUUGUCCUUCCACUCAUCCACUAAAUUCUUCGACAAAUAAGCACACGAUUAACGGCCCGAUCGCGCAGAAUGGCUGA